AUCUUUCCCUAUAUAAUGGAAUCCCGCAGUCCCGGUUCUAGUAAAUCAUCCAAGCUAUCAACUUCUCUUCAGUACCCAAAGCCACAAAGGACUUGUUUAGAAUUAGAGUUUCAGAUGGCGCCCAAGGCAGAGAAGAAGCCAGCGGAGAAGAAACCGGCGGCAGCGGAGAAAGCACCGGCGGAGAAGAAGCCGCGAGCAGAGAAGAAGCUGCCGAAGGAAGGCGCGAGCGAUAAGAAGAGGAAGAAGGCAAAGAAGAGUGUGGAGACGUACAAGAUAUACAUAUUCAAGGUGUUGAAGCAGGUCCAUCCUGACAUUGGGAUCUCGAGCAAGGCUAUGGGGAUCAUGAACAGUUUUAUCAAUGAUAUUUUUGAGAAGCUUGCUCAAGAGUCUUCUAGGCUCGCUAGGUACAACAAGAAGCCUACCAUCACUUCUCGGGAGAUUCAAACGGCUGUUAGGCUUGUCCUCCCUGGAGAGCUCGCCAAACACGCUGUUUCUGAAGGAACUAAGGCUGUUACGAAGUUCACUAGUUCUUAGUGUUAGGAUUAGGAGUGAUAUAUUUUCGUUGGGGGUUUCCUGAUGUAAAUGGUUAGAUUUGACCGUGAAUGAGGAUUUGAUUGUAGUUUCUUGCAUUUAAAUCAAUGGAUUUCCCGAUUUAAC